AUCUUGUAUUCUGAGACGUAUUAUAUAAAUGAAAUGUCAUACACACGAGUGCGCAUUUGAAUAGCGAGCAAACGAAUCGCAGCCAACAGUUGUUGAAUGAAAAAUUGUUUGCAUUUUCCACCGUCACUGGAAUUUGCUUUACGCUUUUAUUUACUACGUAAGCAGUGGCACCAUGAAUAGAUUUCAUUGAAUGGUUUGCCGAUACGACGAUUCGAUUCAGUUCGAGCGAGCACACACAGUGUCGCAGUGCGUUAUCGAAAGCUGUUCGAAAACGUCGAUCACAUCGUGCGCUUCCUUUCUCGUGGCUGGCACAGAUUAGCAGCACGCCGGCGGCUUUGAUCUGGCAUCAAAACGGGCUCUGCUGUGGUGUGAGAAACACGAGUAAACAAAAACAAACGAUAUCCGAAACACGCCAAUGGUAGCGAUGGAUGCACAUGUUUGCUUCGCGGCGUGCGGUUACGGCCGAUAGUUCACGCGAAGGUCCGCGAUAUUCCUCGCCAGUGGCAAUCGUGAGUCAUUCAUUAAUCGUCCGCCCGCAAUACGGCGUUCAACUUUCCCAAACCCGAGACUGCUGAUACACACGCCGGCGGACAUUGUAAGUACACAAUAAACUCUGCCUCCGAGCGCAGUUGGUUAUUGUUAAAUUAAUCUCGUUCGGCGAUUUAACAAGUUAAGACGGACAUCGUAAGCGUACAGAAGUCAUAAGUGCUUGAUUUGGUUACAUCGCCGUUCGAAUAACACCGAUAUGGAUUCUUUACCAUCGCCUUCGUCCGGCGGCGACGCGGCAGCAGGAACUGCUGGCAAAUGUACAUGCGAUACGAUUGAGAGCGAUUGUAGCCUGACCGAAUCGCCAGCAUCGGGCAAUAACUGUUGCAACGGUGCGAAGGAAGGCAAAGAAAAGAAGAAGUUGUCGCUCACGUCGCUAGGUUUCAAUCUGCGGCGAGGACGAUCGCUUCAGUUUAAAACAAAGCGAACGAAGAAAACCACACAUUGCGCGAAUGGUACUACUUCGUCGACACCAUCGGCGUCAGAAUCAGGUACAUCAUCGACGACGCCGACAACUUCGGGCAGUGGCGGCGGUAUGCUUAAGAAAUCACCAAAAUGGCCUUUGAAGUUUAGUUGCACUAAACGUGACCGUGAAAGAGAGCGUGAGCGUGAAGCGAAGAACGUAGCCACGGCGCCUGAUGCACCAAGUUGCUGCAGAUGUAUGUGUUAUAGACGCACAGAGGAGCAUCAUUUAGGCGCUGGUGUUGUCUUUGAUAGUGAAGAUAAAACUGCAAAAGUUUCAAAUGUAUCUAAUGAGAGCGAUGAUGUAGAAGCAGGUGGACGGCGAUGGAUUAUUGAAGACUAUGGUAAUGAGGAAUCACCUCCACAACAGGAUAUACAGCCUAUCAUACGCGAAGUACCUGUCAACGCAAAUAGUAUUUAUGGGCACAAUAGGGCGCCGAUUUUAGUAGGACCUAUGCAAAUUCCAAUAGAUGUUAAUUGGAUGCGAACCAAUCACGAAGACUGUGAUGAAGCCGCUCGCCGGCAACGUGCUAAGGAAAUGGAACAGGGUGUUGAUCCACCAGCCAACUUCCGUUCUACGCGGCGCGUGCAACUGCUCUGUUCAGAUAUGGAAUCUACCGAGGAAGGUGUCACUCCACGACGUCUUCAGCUCGUUUGCCCCUCCGAUCUCUCUGUUGAUUCCCUUCGGGCGUUGUUCCAGAAUCACGUUAUGUUACGUUCUUGUCCACUUGAUGUUGCACCUGGUUGUCAUACACAAGUAGAUUUCAUUCACUGCCUCGUCCCCGAUUUGCUGAGUAUCACAAACUGCAGUUUUUACUGGGGAAAAAUGGAUCGUUAUGAAGCAGAACGUCUUCUGGAUGGUAAACCGGAGGGAACAUUUUUACUACGAGAUUCCGCUCAAGAAGAAUUUCUAUUCAGUGUCUCCUUCAGAAAGUACGGCCGAUCACUGCAUGCGCGAAUUGAGCAGUGGAAUCACAUGUUCAGUUUCGAUUCGCAUGACCCUGGAGUUUAUACAUCUGACACUGUCUGCGGUCUUAUCGAGCACUAUAAAGAUCCUAGUAGUUGCAUGUUUUUUGAGCCGAUGUUGACAUGGCCACUGCAUAGAAAAACGGUAUUUUCGCUGCAACAUCUGUGUCGAGCAGUCAUCACGAAUAGCAUGACAUAUGACAACGUGAACAAGUUGCAGUUGCCCAAGACGCUCAAGAGCUAUCUAAAAGAGUACCACUACAGACAGAAAGUGCGCGUCGAGCGCUUCGACGACGACGUACAAUGGCUCGAUCUUCUUAACGUUCAACUGCCUUAGUUUCUCUCAAAGUGCAAUUUUUAUUGAAACUGGCCUUUUUUCGUGUUUAUAGUGGAAUUCCAACAAGUUAGCGAACGUGUUAACUCGCUUGUAUUAUUUUGUAAAUAAUAAUUUUAAACUUUAUUUUUAUCAAAUGUUAGUUAAGAUUGCUUAAAUCAGAGAUGCAAACACUGCUUAUUGAUUUUAUCUAUGCUCGGUAACUGCCGAUGUUGAAUGAAGUGUGGAUGUUAUUGCAAUGGAAAUUGCAUACCACGAGGACGUUUGCACAUCAAACGUUUCCUCCGUUCUGUGAUGUGUUGUAUAAUAUUUUUGCGUUAGAACUCUGAUUUUAUUUAAAAUAUAAAAGUAUUAUUAACAAAUUACAUAUAAAAUAUGAUAUUUACAAAAAUAUAUAAAUAUUUAACGAUGA